UUUAGAAUAAAAAUUCCAUUUUUAAAGAAGUGUAAUUUAUUCAAUAGAAUUCAAACUAAGACAGCCUCAUAUGGGUCAAGUGUUUUAGCACCUUAAUCUUAAUAAUAAUGUAGUAAUAUAAUAAUGAUAACAGACAGUAAAAAAUUAAAAAGCUGUUUAAUGUUAGUAGAAGUUUGGAUUGCCUAAUUGGAUCCUUUAUGGUACUUUAUGUUGUUAAAAGAUUGUUUAAAAUAAGAUCGAAAUUAUCAUAUCCACGUUUUCAUUUUUUUAUACUCAUUGAUGAACUCUUGAUAGGAAUUGUUUUUUUAUACACUUCCAAACCACCUGCACAGUGACAUCAUGAGUGUCAUUUUAUUUUUACAGAGUUCUGGCCAAGCAGAAAAAUACAAAAAAUACUUCAGAUGAAGAAAAAGUACAAAAACCAAGUAAAUCUACCAGCUCCUCUGAAGAGCCACCAAAUAAGAAGGUCAGAGUAGACACAAGUGACAGAAAUGUUCUGAAUACCACUGACACUUGUAAGGCAGGUGGAACAGGUGUGAAGCGGGAAUUGAAUGGGAAUGGUAUUGAUGAAGACAGUGUGUAUGAUGACGACACUGACAUUGAUGAAGAGAAUAUGGAACUUGUAACAAAACCAGAUACGUCUUCAUUGCCUCUUCCUACUUUAGGAGACUAUUUGAAAGGGAAAUGCCUCUUCAUAUAUGGAAAUAUGUCUUCAGAUAUGAAACAUCUGCUGGGGAGGUAUAUUAUUGCAUUUGAUGGAGUGUUGGAGGAGUAUAUGACCGAAAAAGUCAACUUUGUUAUCACUGAAGAUGAAUGGGAUGAUAAUUUUGACAAUGCACUCGCUGAUAAUCCAUCUCUGCAGUUUGUCAAACCAGCAUGGAUAUGGCGCUGCAGUGACAAACAGAAGUUGGUGCCUUUUCAACCCUUCAUGGUGGUGCCCAAAGAUUGAUUUUUUGUGAAAUGCUUCACAACUUCAUCAUCAGUCUUCAGCCAAAGAGAAAUCAUCCCAUCCAAUUUUAGUUUAUAACAUCAUAUUUUCCUCUGUUUUCAUGUUCACUGCCACAUGCAGAGGUACACUUGUUUAAAAAAUGACAUUUCGUUAUCAUGUCUGUAUACGGACUCUGGUAUUGUUAAACUACCAUUGAUUGGUUUAUUUGACGUCAUAUAAAGCAAUACUACAGGCUACUAUUUACGUCACAGAUUAUUUUUCAGAAACCACAGCAGAUUAGAUGUAUAAGUAUCUCAGGUUUCAAUCAGUUUUUGCAAGGUUGCUGUUAUGACUUUUUUUAUUUAUUAUUACAUAGUUCAAUCAGAACUGAAUAGAUUAUUUAAUUCAUACUUCAUCCGGAACUGAAUGGAUUAUUGAACCAGUUCUGUUUAUGACUUGGAGUUAUUUAGAACUCAUUGUUUUCAGUUGGAGUUAUUUAGAACUCAUUGUUUUCAGUGACAUGAAAAUAUUUUUUUAUCAUUUGUAUGAAUUUAAUGUCAUCUUCCUGACUCCUGUAAAUGGUACAACAGUUCCCUCAAAAAGUGCUCAAGUAAAAUGAUCACCUCAAAUGCUACAGUUUGCAUUCUAUGAUAUUUCAAUGCAAAAUAGCUUAUAGAAGAUUAUGAACAAGUAGUUAGAUUUUUAAAUUAAAGCACUACUAGAUUCUAAUCUGAGAAUGGUAGAUACUCUUAGAGAGAGCAAGGAUACAUCAGAGUAAAGGUGAUAUUACCAAAGUGCCUCUUAUUACAUGCUGCCAAGAUAUUUCUUUACGAAAUAUAUCUAUGAAAAGUAAGACUGGAUAACCAAACCUGAGGUUUGGUUGAGUGUAGAAUUUUUUCUAUUAUUAAAGCAGGUUGUGUUGAGGGGAUGUCCGGUUUAGUAUUAUGGAGUGCAUCAAAUGCAUCUGCAAGUUCAGUACAAAGUCAUCAGUCGUGUGUCAGUACCUGAAAGGAUGUAUAGUUCAGUAGUGUGUUUUGACUAUGCUUUUCAUUUAUGAUCUUUAUUGUUGAUAAACAUUUUAAUCAGAUCUUUAUUUUAUUAAUGGAGAUACUUAUUAGUUUGACUCAAGGGUAGCUCUUGAAUAAUCAGAAAAUGAAGAAUAGCACUGUUCUAAGGAACUGUCCAAUUUUCAGUCUAAUGAAUAGUGUUGAAUUUUGGAAACAAAUCCUCAAACUAUGUCAAAAUCAUCUACGUUUUCAAUUUACCCAUCAUUUCAUUGUUAACUACAGUUCUUGGUUUGGUUAAACCGUUUAUCAGUAAUAAUACAGAUUUUGAUAAAUGGGUAGUAGUAUAGUUCAGCUAUCUUUCUCUCUCCCUCAUAAAACUUUUGUGGAAAAUGAAUAGAAAGCUGCAGUCAUUCGUAGUGAAGUCAAUUAGAGAUGUUACAAACAGUAUGUAUACAGCGUACAGAACUAGAUUAGUGUAGAGUGCUGUACCUAGAAUAAAAGGGUUUAUUGUACUAUAUAGCUCAUGAAGAAAGAUAGGGUACGAGCUUGUAUCAUGUUUAUAUAAAUGUGGCAGCACAUAGGAUAAAUAGUUUGAAAUAUAAUGGGCCUCAGAGCUUUUGAGGGCGAUGAUAAGAUUAGCAGGUCAUUCAUACAUACCUCAUUAUUUAAAUUACUUUCUGCCAGACUGAUAAAUGUAUCAACUUUGGCUCCCUAUUUUAAUGAGCAAUUAGACGAAUUUAUGUACUUACUAAUAUCAAAAUCUGAGGCAUUCUGUUGCAUAAUGCUGCUGCAUGAUGAAAUAGAUGCACACCCUAACUAUGUCACUGACAUAGACUUAUUCACAAUGCAGAAGGUACACUUUUUUUAUAUAAAAGGAAUUGUUAUUGUGUUUUAAGAGACAAAUACAAGUGUGAUGAUC